CAGUGAUGCUGAGUGGUGGAAAAUUGGAAGUAACAGUAUAUGAUUAAUGUGUUAUUUAGUAUGCUUACAGAAUUAACCAUAAUUUGUUCAGCUCACAUAACAUCGUAACUUGGGGUGAGAAAUCAAUUCGCCAUAUGCAAUUUCCAGAAUACCCUGAGGGGGUUCAAAUAUUCAGAUAAGUUUUAAUGUGGAUUAUGGUGCAAAAUUAGUGCCUUGAACUUUUAGGAUUAAGAGUGAGCAAAUGGAACAGGGAAGUUUUGUGGGGAGCCGGUAUGUUUGUAGCACUGAUACACUGCAUUUAAAAAAUCUUGUUGGCUAACUGGGUGAGGUUGUGUGGUUUUCAUCUGACUGAGUGAAGGACGUCUUUGCUUACUUUGUGAGCUCAUGGCCUGACAGGGAGAGGCUUAUGGCAGCAGUUGACAUUGAUCAGGUGAUUAGCUGUGGAUAGUGUAGCAUUUCUUAGUCAACAGCUUGAUCCUAGCCAACAUCCUUUGAAAAGAGAAGUAAUCUGGAACCCCUGACUACAGUGAGGAUCAGGAGAGACUUCUGACUGCUACUAACUUCCUGCUCAGAAAAGACUAAAGUGUCAAGUCUCCUGGCCAUGAAGGCAGCAGCAGAGCAGCUGAGCCCAGGAUGCUGAAAACCCACAGGAAGUUCUUCCCGGGGACCUUAAAGAUGCUACCCAGCUAAAGAGAGAGCAGGCAUUCAGGACCUGAUGGCUGAAAUAAUUUGUUCUGCUCACUUCCAUGCAAACUUUUCCUUCAACAUGAGCAGCAUGAGGGGGUAUCACAUGUUCCUUGCCUUCUGCCUUAUUCUGCUCAACUUUGGCAGCCUGCAAUGCCUUGUUUUAAGACAAGUGGAUGAAAGGCAUGUAAGACAACUGCAUCUGGCAUCACCAGCAGGGAACAGCUUAGCAAACACAAAUGCAUCAAAUCCAGAGGGUAACUUAAGCUCAUCCAUGAAUAUAGCCAGUACUCCUGCAUCUGAAAGCCUUUAUGGAGCCUCAGCAGAGCCAUCCGGGAGGUCAUUAAACAGAACCACAACUGUAAAAACAACCUUGCCAACCAUUCUGCAUGUUCACAAUCCCUUGGAGCACUCCAAUAUUGAUGCUUUUGCCAGCACAAGUCUGGAGAUUGUUGCAGAAAGCAAAAGGCAAAUCAGUCUCAAAGGGCCCGAUGAAAAACGGGAUAAAUAUGGGACACAGGAAGCUUUGAUUGCCACUGUUGUGACAAUUCCAGACCUUCUUGUUGAAGAUGAUACACUUAGUAGCUCUGCAAAAGAAACAGUGGAUGGAGGUGGGGGAGAAGGAAAUUUGGAUGGGGAUUUGUUUGCACCAGGCACCCGUGUUGACCCUUCAGACAAUCCCCAGGUAACUAUCCCCAAAGUAAUAAAUAGUUUUCCUGCUACAUCAUCAAGCAACCUCCUCAAAAAUCCAUUUCUUCCAACGAGCCCACCAGUUGAUUUGACAAAAGGAUCUGAUGGAAGUAGCUUCCCAACAAUCUGGAUGGGCACAGAUGCUAUUCCGGAAUCCAGGUUGUUGCCAGCAGAUGCCUCCUUAAAUUUGGAAGGGGAACACUCAGAGAACCAGGGGCACUUCAAAGGCAUCUUAAGCACUACCAUGAUGGCCCCUGCAGGCUUGCUGCUAAGUGAUGAGUGGGAUGAUACCAAAUUAGAGCCUUCCAGCCAGGCGAAAGCUAUGCAUCUUCUGAAGAUAAAUCAACCUCAAAUAGUGCAACCAACAGGACAGGAGGACGAUGACGUGAAAAAGGACCUGUCACCAAGAUUAUUGGAAACCACGGCAAAAGGAAGCAAAGAUAAUCAGAAUGGGUCAGGCCAGAUACCCGUGCAGGUGGAAGAGUCAACUAAUACAAGCUUGAAUCUUGGUUAUACCAUUGAUCCAUCUGAGAAGGUUGGAGCUCAGUCUGAAAGCCCAGUGGAAAAUGUAGAUCCAACAGUGAUCAUCAGGUCUAGAUUGUUUUCUGAAACUGUAACUACAACAGAUGCAACCAAAUCAGAUGUCUUCCAAACCUUAAGACACCAAUUAAAAGGAACAGCCACAGCCUUCCCUGAUGCUGCUACUGUGCCAUCACCUGUGAUCUCAGGAGGCCUGCCUACCCAGAAGAUUAUAGAAUCACAAAAUGUGAUGGAGAAAGAAAUAGAGUUGGCAACUCAGAUAUCAACAGUUUCCAGCACCUCCCAACUCUUGAGGAUAUUAGAAACUGUUGCUCCUACAGUGUCUCCUCCUUCUACCCAUCUCCCAGCGAAAAUGGUGGAAGUUGAAGAACCUGUCACCCUCCUAGAGAAUAAAGAGAUCAUUUCUGUUGCCUAUAUUCCUGCGACGCUGGCUGAUCUGAGGGUGCCAACUGAAAUGACUGUUGGCACAAUGGAGACUAUGACAUCUCUGCCUUCUUUGGCAUCUUCUACAAGGCAAACCACAGUUCUAGCUGCCCACCGAAUCACAACAGCUUCAACUUAUGGGCUGGAAAGGCUGGAAUCAGAAGAGGAAGAGGAGGAGGAAGAAGAGGAUGAAGAAGAAGAAGAAGAGGAGGAGGAGGAAAUGGAUGAGGAUGAAGAAGAGAAUGAUGAUGACAGAGAACCCAAUUUAAUAGAUGAAAACUUAGAUGAUGCUGACCUCUCCAGUUUUACUGUUCCUGGGGAAACCUCACAGGAACCCUUGGAAGGACUGGAAAGUCCUGCAGGAGAGCUCUCUGGAAUAGCCUAUCAUGUACCAAAUGCAAUUGAAUGGGAACAGCAGAACCAGGGGCUCGUGAGAAGCUGGAUGGAAAAACUAAAAGACAAGCCCUAUAAGGCAGGAUAUAUGUCUGGGAUGCUGGUCCCAGUGGGUGUAGGCAUAGCUGGAGCCCUUUUCAUCCUGGGAGCACUUUAUAGCAUCAAGAUCAUGAACCGCCGUCGCAGAAAUGGCUUUAAAAGACAUAAGCGAAAGAGAGAAUUCAACAGCAUGCAAGAUCGGGUGAUGCUUUUAGCAGACAGCUCUGAAGAUGAAUUUUGAAUCCAGCUGCAAAGCUACAUCAUGUUCUCCAGUGACUUACUUUGGUUGCAAAGGGAAGUUUGCAAGUAAAAAAAAGUCUUUCUGCUGCACCCCAGCGGCCUGCCCCUGUUGUGCAUUCACAUGGCAGUGUUGCUUUAUACAACCGGUCCCCAAAAGGAGAAACACAUACACAGCCAAACACAUCCCACUCACAGCAUGUUGCAGCCUUUCUAAAAACCAUGCAUUUGUGCAACUUCAUUUCCAUUGCACUGCAUGUUCUUAAGGAUAAAACUAACAAUGACUCCACUAAGAGUGGGGGACAAGACAGGCUGAAUGACAAUAAUGGUCCUAAGGUUUUAAUUUUCACGUUGAUGCUAGCAAUCAAAAUGUCAUCCUUUCCCAUAUUGUCAUGGGGAGGAUGAUUUUGAAUCCAAAUAAUGCUUGUCAAUCUCCCACUAGGAAGCCUCUUCUAAGAUGUGGGAUUUCCUGAGCUGAAGCUCAUGGUUUUGAAAAUAAUUGGCUCUGCUUAAUUAACAAAGGGGUCAUUUAGAAGCAAUCCACCUCAUAAACAAGAGAGUAACUAUGUAGGUAGAGUACAAUGAACAAGCACGUCAUGUAUAUAUAGUAUAUUAUGCUUAGGUCCAAACUAGAUAGUUACUUACCCAAGAGACGUGUGCUUUGUUUUGUUCAUUGUGAAGCAAAUGGGAGUGGAAGAACAGUCAGGAGGGUAGGAGAGUGCUUUCACCAGCUCAGUGGGGGGCCCAUAAAGAUCAAAAUACUAAGCAAUUGUCACAUAUGCAUGGCAUACUUCACAUGGCUAUUUACUCAGCUCCCACAGCUAAAAACCUCUCCACUGUCUUGCAAUGUUCCCAAAGUGAUAUGGAAAUGGUCAGUGUACAUUUGAUCUGGGAAAGAUCAUUACUUGGUGCUGUAGCCAUCAAAGGAUGGCAAUGAACCAGCGGUAAACACGUGAUUGUGGUGCCCAAAUUCCUGAUACCUUGAGGCAAAGCACUUUUUGAUCUGGGCUAGAUGUUUAUGGAGAUUCUCAAUUAUCCAGGUCAUGGUUGUCCUUUUUCAGGAGGCAACUGGGCUUUCUUUUUUUUCUUUUUCUUUGAAGACGUUUCGCUUCUCCUCCAAGAAGCUUCUUCAGCUCU